AUGAUGAUUGAAAGCAUAGAUGCCACGUAUUUUUACUUGCACUUGAUUGAUGAUCUGCCAGUAGAGGCCCAUCCAAUUCCAGUUGAGAAUCUUCCACAAGACGAGGACCCAGUGGAUCCGCAAGCAAUUGAAGAUGAGGACCCCAUGAAUCUACCAGUGUUUGAGGACCCCAUGGAUUUGCAAGUGGUCGAUGACCAGCUAGUUGAUAAUCAGGCCCAGCACCCGGUUGAGGAUGAGUGA